AAAAUAUAGUGUAAUAUAUUAAUAGUAAAAUAUCAAAAAUAUAGACUAAAAUAUAUAUGAAACUUUGAAUUUACCACUAAAAAUCGUAAUUGGUUACAAGAAUUCAUGCGCCAUGCUUUCUUGAUUUUAUAGUGUCAACAAAUAAUCUGUUUCACGUUGAGUCUUUUCAAUUAAGAUAUUUUGUAGAUUUAUAUUGUAUUAAAUAUAUUUUGAAAUAAGAUGUCUUAUCAGUUAUAUAGAAAUACAACGUUAGGAAAUACGCUACAAGAAAGUCUUGAUGAAUUGAUUCAGUAUGGACAAAUUACACCACAGCUUGCCAUAAAGGUAUUAUUGCAAUUUGACAAAGCUAUCAACCAAGCACUUGCUACUAGAGUUAAAUCACGACUUACAUUUAAGGCAGGAAAAUUAAAUACCUAUAGAUUUUGUGAUAAUGUUUGGACAUUUAUGCUUAAUGAUGUUGAAUUUCGAGAGGUUCAAGAGAUUGCUGUAGUGGAUAAAGUAAAAAUAGUUGCCUGUGAUGGUAAAACAUUAGAUGCAGAUGCAGCAGCAAAACGAUAGCGAUUAUUAGAUUACCUCAUAUUUAUAAGAAACGUUUGCUAUUGCUUUUCAAGUACUACAAAUAAUAUAUAUAUAUAAUUUUAAAUAUUAUAUAUAUAUACACAUACAUGCGCGCGCGCGCACGCGCACGCACACACACACACAUACAUACACACACAUACACACAAUUUUUACAAUAGCAGAUAUCUAAAGAAAAUACAGUGCAAAUGCAAAAUAUGCAUAAACUUCUCUUACUUCCUCACCGCCAACAUUAUAAAAAUAUUAAAUUGUUAUAAAUUACAAUAAUUUAUUGAUAAGUAAAUACACUAUAUUUAUGCUAAGAAGUAUGGUACCUAUACUUGUUAUUGUAAGAGUUAACGCUUCUCUAAUGCUUCUAUUAUAUGGUAUUAUAUCCGAUACAUAAAGAACAAGUAUAUUUAUAAUGUACUGACCAUCUGAAAAGAAACAAGGUACCACAUUGAUGAUAGCCAAUCCAGCUGAAAACAUUGUGAUAUAUUUACAAAGUAGGACUAGAGAUUCAGGAAUGCUAGGAUUUAAAAAAUUGUAUUUAGGAACCCAAUCUGAUACAUCAACUGUUCUAUAAAUAUCAGCUGGAUGUCCAAAAAAUAACACAUCUUUUCCCAUUUUACGUUUUAUUUGUACGAUCUGUAAAAGCAUUGUAAAAACAUUAAAGCAUAAAAUAUUUUUUACAAAACUUAUAAUAAAUUAGAUAUUACAUA